GUUCACGCUCACCUAUAAAAAAAAAAAACACAGAAUUGAAUGCAACUUUCGAAAAAAAGAGCGCUCCUGUGAACAUCCAUUCCGAGGAGGUAAAAAUGCUAACCGUGCCGAUGGCGUUUUCUUCAUAACGUACAAAAAUAGGCAUACAUAUAUACACGCUUACGCGCACAAACACGCUUAAAACGUAUGCCUAGUCGAAAUAAACCUGAGAAAAUACAUACAUGUAAAAAAAAGGAAAAAGGGGGGAAAGAAAAAAAGAUACGCCCUUGAUUUAAAAAAUAGGAGGCAAUUUUUUUCCCUCCCUUUUGACACUACAUAGUGAACACAGAACAAACCCCCCAAAAAGGGACGUUUCUCACAAAGUGAAAUUAACUAACCUGUAGAAGCAAAGAAAUAUACGACUGGGAAAACUCCCCAAAAGGAGGACAAAUCUCGUAAAAAGGACGCUUUCGUAAGCAUACCAAAGACGCGCUAUUUUUAAUUAUCUGUGAAAAUUUUGAGCAACUGUGCGUAUCAUUGGCGAUGUAUACCUUCGAAUCGUCUUACCUUAAAGAAGAUCCCUUCGCGUCUGAGGAAAGGGCUGCAAAGUUUGCGUCCUCGCAGCCUACUUCGCAGCGGCCGAGGGUUGAAGGGGGCGCACAAAAAAUAAAAUAUAUAUGUGUAUGUAUGUGUGCAUUAUAUGUGUACACAUCCCGUGUGCGCACUUGAACCACCACCAACAACAACAACAACAACUUGUAGGCGGAACCCCCACGCGCCAAGAUGAAGCUUGAAGAAGUGAAGGACAUUCAGAAGAUCGAGAGGAUUGGGGCCCACUCGCACAUUCGGGGGCUGGGGCUGAACGACUGUCUGGACGCCCGGUACUGCUCAGAGGGCAUGAUAGGACAAAUGAGCGCGCGGAAAGCUGCGGGAAUAGUUUUGCGCAUGAUCAAAGAGGGGAGAAUCAGUGGCAGGGCAAUUCUGUUAGCAGGCCAGCCAGGGACAGGCAAAACGGCCAUCGCUAUGGGUAUUGCAAAAGCGUUAGGGGAAGAUACGCCCUUUACGCACAUCUCAGGAUCGGAAGUAUAUUCCCUAGAAAUGAGCAAAACGGAAGCAUUAACGCAAGCCUUUAGAAGAUCCAUUGGCGUUAGGGUUAAAGAAGAAUCGGAAGUCAUCGAAGGAGAAGUCGUAGAAAUUGAAAUAGAAAAAUUUAACGAAAAAGAUAUGAACAAUGUCAGCAAAAAGGUAGGCAAAAUGAUUCUUAAAACAACCGAAAUGGAGACUCUAUACGAUUUGGGUAACAAAAUGAUUGAGGCUUUACAGAAGGAAAAUAUCACAGCAGGGGAUGUUAUCUGUAUAGAUAAAAGCACAGGGAAAAUUACAAAAAUUGGGAAAUCUUUUGCAAGAUCGAAAGACUACGAUGCUAUGGACCCAAACACAAAUUUUGUUCAGUGCCCGGAAGGAGAAUUACAAAAAAGGAAGGAAGUGGUCCACACAGUUACUCUACACGAUAUUGACGCGAUAAAUAGCAGGACACAAGGGUUUCUAGCGUUAUUCUCAGGAGAUACUGGGGAAAUUAAAAACGAAAUUAGAGAGCAUAUAGAUAUGAAAAUUAAUGAAUGGCAAGAAGAUGAAAAGGCGGAAAUUGUACCAGGUGUUUUAUUUAUUGACGAAGUACAUAUGCUAGACAUUGAAUGUUUUUCCUACUUGAAUAGGGCCCUCGAAAGUGAGCAAUCUCCCAUUGUUAUUAUGGCAACAAAUAGAGGCAUUACACACAUUAGGGGAACGGACUAUAAAGCUCCCCAUGGAAUUCCUCUCGAUCUGUUAGAUAGAACUCUUAUUAUACCUACCUACCCGUAUAAGCAUCAAGACAUAAUGAAAAUUUUAGAACAAAGAGCUGAAGAGGAAGACGUCGAAAUUGAUGAGUAUGCCAAGGAGCUGUUGUGCAAAAUUGCAUCGGAGUCUUCCCUAAGAUACGCACUGCACCUUAUCACUUUGGCCAAUUUAGUUUCCAAAAAAAGGAAAGCCACGGAAGUUACUGUCCAGGACGUCAGAAGGGUUUACAACCUAUUUAUUGACGUCAAAAGGAGCACGCAGUAUUUAAUUGAAUACCAAAAUGAAUUCAUGUUUUCGGAGUUGCCCAAGGAGGACGAGGGCGCCAAUGCGGAGGAUUCCUACGAAGAAAAGAGGGAAAUACAGGAGAAGAAGUCCUCCAACGACAGUGCGGAUUGUUAA